CAGCCAUUUAGGAUACACUCGAAGAAUACGGGUGGUGUUGUGAUAGCCUACGUUUCUUGUCAGCGGCGCUUGCUUCGCAACUGUUUGUGGUAAUCGCAAAUAUGUCGAUAUUUACGCCAACGAAUCAAAUCCGGCUGACCAACGUAGCGGUGGUGAGGAUGAAGAAAGGCGGGAAGCGAUUUGAAAUCGCCUGUUACAAGAACAAAGUUAUGAGCUGGAGAUCAGGAGCAGAGAAGGACCUGGACGAGGUUUUGCAGACGCACUCUGUUUUCGUCAAUGUUUCCAAAGGCCAGGUGGCGAAGAAGGAUGACUUAACCAAAGCUUUUGGGACUGACGACCUUACAGAAAUCUGUAAACAGAUCUUGGCCAAAGGAGAGCUCCAGGUGUCAGACAAAGAGAGGCAGACUCAGCUGGAGACCAUGUUCCGGGAUAUAGCUACUAUUGUGGCAGAGAAGUGCGUCAACCCUGAAACCAAGAGGCCGUACACAGUCAGUCUGAUCGAGCGGGCCAUGAAGGACAUCCACUACUCUGUCAAGCCCAACAAGAGCACAAAGCAGCAGGCCCUGGAGGUGAUUCGGCAGCUGAAGGAGAGCAUGGAGAUCCAGAGAGCCCACAUGAGGCUGCGGUUGGUGCUGCCAGCCAAAGAGGCCAAGAGGCUGAAGGAGAAGCUGAAACCGCUCCUGCAGGUCGUGGAGAGUGAGGAUUUUGAUGAGGAGCUGGAAAUGGUGUGUCUGGUGGAUCCCGGCUGCUUCAGGGAGAUCGAUGAGCUGAUCCGCUGUGAGACUAAAGGCCGAGGCUCUCUGGAGGUUCUCAGUCUCAAGGAUGUGGAGGAGGGAGAUGAGAAACUAUAGUAACCCUGCCCGUCAGAACUCUGCACCUUAUCCACACUAACACGCUUCAUUAGGGCACGCAGACUGCAAACUCAUGAAAAAAAAAUCUAUGUUUAUGGUCUGAUUUAUCACAAUUUCAGCCACUUUCACCCUGUAAGGAUUAAUUUGACUGAAAGAAGUUAUAAUUUGCUGAGUGGAAUAUAUUUUGAAAGCAGGUUUGAGAAUUUAUGCCUGAACUUUAAAGUCGGUGCUUAUUUCUGAUGUUUUCUCUUUUAUUUAUUCACUUUUUUUUAAGUCGAUUACUAAUUUAGCAGAACGUCUACACAAAGUCGUGUGCCAUGUAGUCGCGCUCAGUAUCCCAUCCUAUUAUCUGUGGAUCAUUUCUUUAUCCUGGUAAAUUCUAUUUUAUUAUAAUAAGUUUGGUCUGUAAUAAACACUAUACAAAAUAUUA